AUGUUUCAAUUAUCUCGCUAUAUAGAAAUUAAACUCUGCUAUGUUGACUCUGAAUUUUUGGUUUAUUUUGCCAAAGAAAACUCAACAAAAAGGCCUGUGGAAUUAAAAAUAUAGAACUCCCAACAUCACCAUUACUAAAAGCACUUUUUGAAUAUAGAAAUGAAAAUAUUGCUAAAAUUGAAAGGAAUAAAUGGGAUACCCGAGAUUAUCGAUUAUGGAUAUACAUCAAAUUAAAAGUAAAGAAAUUUUAUAUUUCAAUAGGUUCUACUUAGUUUCUGAAUAAACAGGGCACAAUUUGUAAUAAUAUAUUGAUGCAAAAAAGUAACUAGGUGCAACCACCAUAAUUUAUAUUGGAUAAUAGCUUAUUGGAAUACUAGAAAAAAUACAUGCUCUAAACAUUUACCAUAAAAACUUAGGUCCUUAAAAUAUAUCUCUAUUAAAAAAUUAAGUUUAUUUACAUGGAUUUUAUUUCAACCUCUUGGAUGAUGAGGAAAAAAUUAUAUUUAGAGAAAAGAGUUUUUAGAAUAAAUAACCUACAUAGAGUUGUUCUUUAUCAUUUAUAGAUGAUUUGGAGAGUUUAGGAUAUUUAAUUAGGUUUCUAGUAGAUUGUAUAUAUUUUUAAAUAUUUUAAAGAUGAACUAAAUAAGAAUUAAAAUGGAAAUUAUGGAUCGAAUUAAACUAAAAUCAUUUUUAGAAAUUACUUUGAAUUGCUAUCCAAAAUAUAAUCCAUUACUCCUUUUCCUUAUUUGCAUUUACAAAAAUUAAUUUAUAGAAUUGUUACUAAAUGCUUAAGUGAUGAUCAUAUAAUUAAAAUAAAAUAAAAUUCUAAAUAGUUAUCUUUAAAAUAAAAUAGAAAGUAAACUAAUAAUUUAAGCAUCAUUAAAGAGGAUGAACUAGAAAAUAUCGUCUCCAAAAAUUUUGUGAAAAUUAAUAUUACUCCUUUUUUAAAGGAUAUAAUAAAUUCAUCUAUUGAUUUUGAAAACAAUACGAAUGAAUCUUGUGAAGUUUUUGAAGAGUAAUGUUAAAUAUCGGAAAUGAUUUAAAAUCUUCAAAAUUAAAGUAUUAGGACAAGAUCGAUUGCCUCACUUUGUCACUAUAAAUAAUGA